ACGAAGCGAAAACAUUCCAUGUUUUUUGUUGUCUACAGCUUCUGAAAUACUAAAGCAGGUUGCCUGGUUUUUUUUUCCUGUUUUAGUAUUGUUCUUUAGGAACAUUGCCCAGCUGAUAUUCAACAUGUCCAGACAGAGUUAGGAUUCCAGUUUUGCUUUCAAAUCCGGAACAAGCACAGUAUUCCAUUGUUAACUGGCCUGACUGCAAAAAGGAUGGGUUGGGACUGCUGAAAUAAAAAUAAACAAAAUUUGUCCAGAUCUAUUUUCUGAUUUUGAAUGCCAGGCCCUGCCUGUUGUAAUCCUUUAAGGUGCCAAGUGCACAUAGAAUUCCAGUGCAGUUUAAAGGCGAGUUAAGAAUAAAUUGAAACUUAAUAUUACAUGCUUUUGUUAUAUUCAGCAUUCUCCUUUCUUAUAGGAGUUCGGAAUAGUGGAUAUUUAUUUAUCUACAGAAAAUUUGAAUGCUGCUUCCCGUCCAAUGUGAUGCUCAGUUGCCCUUAGGUUGGAUUAAGAGAUAGAGGCUGACCCACUCAAAAUGCCCUUCAAAGGAUUAUAUAAAACACUGCGGGUGCUGUGAUGUCUGAAACUGUGCUGAGGGACUGCUUUCUGAAGGUGUCAAAGACCCAGUUGGCUAUUGCAAGGGGCGAAACAAACUGAUGCAAGAGCCCUGGCAGUGGACUGAGAUGGAUUGGCUGUGACAACCUGCGGCUGGUGGAGGUGGGGGGGCGGGAGUGGGGAGAGUGAUGAUGAAGAGUUCCUGCCGAGCUGGCCUCCACCGGGAACUGCUGAGUUCUGCAUCCUCCUCCUUCUACCCAGUCAAACGAAUAGCUGGAAUGCACUUAAAGCCCUAUCUCAAGUUACAGAAGAAAGAGAGAUCUUUUGAAAUAAACCUGGACUCUCCACGAAGCCCACCCAUGAGCGAACAGAGAUUGGCAAAAGAUGAAAAACCUAGGAAUCCCAAGCCAAACCUUUUACCCAAUCCGCCUCUUUGGAAACCAUUGGGGAACCUCUCGACCAAUACACUCUGCAGUAGGAACAGCAACCAAAGCCAUGUGGAAGCACCCAGGGUCAAAGAGAAGAGAGCUACCCCGCCUGCCUCCAUCCAUCAGGGGGAAGAGGAAGAAGGACUGCUGGAUAUAUGGGCAGUUGUAAAGCCUGGGAACACAAAAGAGAAAAUAGCCUUUUUUGCAGCCCAGCUAUGUAGUGACACCCGAGUAUUUUCCAUGAAGAACAAAAGCACCUGGGAUAUAGAUGGACGAGCAACCAAACGCCGGAAAAAGUCACUAGAUAUCAAAAAGGCCAAGAUCCACUUGGAAAGGAUGAGAGAGGCCAAUGCGAGGUGCUACCAGCCCGAGCCAUUUGCCUGCGGCAUUGAACACUGCUCUGUACAUAAUGUGAAUGAUGGUGGUGAGGGGGGGUUCCCUGGUCGGCCAUUAUCAGUUGUCGAGAUGGUUGCUUUCCUGGAGCAAAGAGCAAGUGUUUUGCUGGCCAGUUGUACCAGAAACUGUCCCAGUGCCUCUGCUGUGCCCAGGUUUGCCGGGCAACCUAAAGUUGCCCCUUCUGCUCCUGGAUUCUUUUCUGACUUCAGGGCUUGCGAGGUUCCGUCUGAAAAGCCACCCUGUGGCAGUCACAGUGUGGAGCAGCAGGCUGAGCCAGUACGUGUCUUGGAGAUGGUUGCAAAGCUUGAAUCGGAGUGCCUGAGGCGCCAAAGUGAACGUGAAGUGGGGAGCUUGUCUAGAAAUAGUAGCUUCCGGCGGAAUGUAGGGCGAGUGCUCUUGGCAAGUGGAAUAUUACCAGAGAACGAGUCUGACAAGGUAUCAUCUCUGGUCCUCCACCAAGAAGAAUGUAAUGGUGAGAAGGUGGGGUGGGGAUCAAAGCACAAUGGUUCAGUGGAAGAUAGUUUAUGGGAAGGUCCAUCUUCUGGCCAGUCUUCCUUUGAUGAUUCUCUUGAAGGCAACCAUGAUCUUCAGCAUGUGCAAGGAACCAUAUCUGUCAACUGGUAUGAUUCUCAAAACGCCACUGAGUCACAUCCCUUGAAGUAUUCAGAAGCUGUUCAGAUAACUCCACAUUUCUUAUAUAACAAAUCUUCAACUGAAUGUACACCAAAAGAAUCCCUAGAUGUUCCUAGUUUGAAUGCAAAUGUGAGAGUGAGUGAAUCCCUAAAUAUUAGCAUAUCUGCCAGCAAGUUAGAUCAGAGUUGCAAAAUCCCCCAAUCUUCUGAUUUGAGCUUUGGUGAAGAUUCUCUUCCAGGAAGACUUUUCUUGCUUUUAUCCAAAUGUGAAAUCUCCCAAGAGUGCCUGCAGUCAGUAGAGGCUCCUACGGAGGAAUGUCCAGCAGGGACCCAAGGAAAGGAAGCUUCCUCUGCUGACCAAGUUUGUAUGAGAAGCCAUGUUUUAGGUGACUGCCCUGAUGUUUCCUCAGAGAAUGCACUGCAGAUCCUUGACUCAUCUCAUCUAAAGAGGCAAAGGUCUCAUGACUUUUUGGAAACCAGGUUUAAGAUCCAGCAACUAUUGGAGCCCCAGCAAUAUCUGGUCUUCCUGCCCCACCACAUUAUGGUGAAGAUAUUUGGCUUAUUACCCACCAAGAGUCUGGUGGCACUCAAAUGCACUUGUGGAUAUUUCAAAUUUAUCAUUGAGUACUACAAUGUCAGGCCAGCAGAUUCACGCUGGGUUCGUGAUCCACGCUACAGAGAAGACCCUUGCAAACAGUGCAAAAAGAAGUACACCAAGGGUGAUGUCUCGUUAUGUCGGUGGCAUCCCAAGCCCUAUUGCCAAGCUUUACCUUAUGGGCCCGGGUACUGGAUGUGUUGUCACAGAUCCCAAAAGAACGUCCCCGGAUGCAAGUUAGGCCUUCAUGACAAUCAUUGGGUCCCCGCCUGCCAUAACCUUAAUCGUGCGAUUCACAAGAAAUCCAGGGAAAUAGAUGAGGACUGCUAGCACAUUCUGCACGUCUUUUGGGAGCCUCAAAUCAUGGGUAGGAGGAGAAUUCCAUGCCUUGUGAUGUUUACACUGUGUAUAGUUUGUGGGUGAUUUUUCUUUCCCUCUUCCACAGGGCUACGAAACUGCACAUACUUUAAGUCACAAAGGCCUUUUUUACCUUUUAGAGAAAAGAUUGUGUUUAGCCCACCCGUGUACAUAAGUGCUCUAGAGUAGCUUCAUCUUGGGUGUCUGACAGCCAGUUGAACAACAUCAAAGUGCGGCAAUGCAGUGCCUCAAGUGUUUGCGGCUACAGUCCUGUGUUUUAAAAGUGUCUCGUUUUCAAAUCUGUAUAUCGUGUAUAAAAUAUACAUUUAUAUAUAUAAAUAUAUAUAAAUAUAUAUUAACGUGGUUUCUGAAAAGAAACUCUAAAUAUGUAAAAAAAAAAUCAGUCUUCAAAAAGGAUGGUUUAACUGGACAACCUUAAAACUAGACUAGAACACAUAUGCGGUAGGUUAUAUUUGAGGGUGGUAGCAGGAAAAAGAAGACUCUUGUCACAUAGCAGGAGAGCUCCAGUCUAUUGCAUCCACCUUACCUUGGGGUUUUUUUUUUUACUUAAUAAAAUGUGCGUUCUAAACCUGUCCUUUUAUCUUUUUUUUUCUUCCCAGUUCUUAAAAAAAGUACUUAAGUACCUAGUACUUAAAAGAAAUUAUUUGGGCAUUAAAUGUGUAUUUUGUAGCACAUUAUUGUUUUUCUUUUUUUAAAGGCAGCAGGUUCUAAUAUCAAAGAUAUGAAAAAUGAAUAUUACAGAUGUUAACUGUGCUUGAUGAAUUUUGCAAAUCCUAGAAAAUUUUAUCAGCCGUCACAAAUUAAACCUACACUAUUGUUUUUCAGACAUCAACAAAGUUUUCUUGAGAUUGCUAGUUUGCAUAAUAAACAUUGACCUUGAUCAAAUAACAUACUACUAACCUAUACUUAUGUGUAUUUACCUACAUAUUACAUAAUUUGUAUGGUGCCAGUUUCAAAAUAAACCUAGACUCUUCUCCAGAUAUAACUGGUUAGUAGGAGAGUCUGGGAUUUAAUCAGUAACAAUGGCAAA